AUGGUCUACUCGAGUGCAGGCUCAAGUGCCGCCACGGCCGGUGGCUCGUCUGGUUCGCAGGCGGGCGCAUCAACAUCAACAAUCGAGAUCAGCCCCCCACCACCCGUCCACCGCUCCAUGUCACGCGCGUCCUCGCGCGCAGUUUCGCGCGCAGAAUCUCGUGCAGAGUCCAGAGGUCCAUCGCGUACUGGCUCCCGAGCUGCAAUGCUGCGCACGUCGGACGAGGAGCGGUCAAUGUCCCCACCAUUGACGCCUGGCGGUGGCCUAGACCUCGGCAUGCCUCGCUACGCUUUCCUGGAUGAGGACCCCUCCGUGUCCAGGGCAGACUCGCCGGCGUCUGCCAGAAACAGGCAAAAGCACUUGUCGGGCCAGAGCGCAUACUCUGCCUACUCUGACUUUGAGUCGACUGAGGGCGAAAGCAGUGUUGGGCAUCACAGGUCCUCCAGUGCAUCCCGUCCCUUUGCAGCCUUUGCAGGUGGCCCACCACCGGCAUGGGGUAGGAGAGACUCGACUCGCUCGCUCAAGAGCAUCAAGUCUAUUCGGUCGGUUAAGUCUCUCCGACGAAAACGGCAAAACGACAACUCUCCGGGUAACGCGGGUGGCCCAUCAGGCGGCGGCGGCGGCGAGUUUGAAGACGAGGAGGAUCUCGAGCUAUGGGCGCUCGUUCGACGUGCUGCCAUUCUCGAGCGCCUCCUGCGUGCAGGCAAGCGCGCAUCAAACAUUGCCAGCCGCAACACGUACCGCUUCAGUGUUCAGUCCGCCUCGACCCAUUACACGUCGCACACUAGCAGAUAUGGCCGCACAUCAACCCAGUUUGAGCGGAGAGCGCCAUCACGCUCAGGUUCGACCCCGCCAAACCGUAACGCCAGCCAGGCGAGCAGUUCAGGCCGCCGGAGAAGUGGGCAGAGCACGGGCUCGACCUCGCUCCGCACGCGUCUUGCGCGCCGUCUUGGACGCACGCGCCAGUUUACUGGCCUGAACAGUGACGAGGAGGACGAGGUGGACCCGGCAGAUCUGCAGACCGAGGAAGGGUACAACUCGAGAGCCGUAACGCCACACACGCCGCCACGCCGCGCCCUCUCAACGUCAUUUACACGUCCAGAGGCGGAGCGCCCAGAGACGCCGCCACCCGGGGCAGGCAUGGGUGUCAUUGUCUUCCCCGAGCUUGCUGCGCUGCCACCGCUCGGCGCGCCGCCCAUCAAGCGCAACGGCGAGGUCGUGUCCCAGUCGUGCCUCCCUCCGUCGGUCGCCGUACCAUAUACCCCGCUCCCGCACCCGCCUGGUGCCGACGGCAAUCCGUCUACAUCGUUCCACUCGCUGAGAAACUUGCGCUGGCUCGAUGAGAAGAACACGUCGGGCCACGUUAGCCAGGGCACGGCACCCCACGGGUCGACCGCCACGUUUGGUACUGCCGUCUUUGGCGAUGUGCCGUCGUGCGACGACCGUUUCAAGCGGGGUACUGCCCGCCGCGUCAAGAUUCUCAUGGCCGUCGCCUGUGUCAUUGGCAUUAUUGUCAUCACGGGUUUACUGGCUGGUUUGCUUUCUGCUAGACAUAACAGGGAUUCAAAGGCGGAUUCGUAG